AGAUUUGACAGUGACCUUAAGAAACCAAUGUAUUCACUUUGGUAAUAUCCACCAAAAUGUAAACACCUCUGUGGAUAUAUAUGGACCAAAUCAUUGAUGUGACAAUGAAAAUUAUAUAUAUGCAUGAGCUUACCCUUCCUCUUUCUCAAAGGGGUCAAGAAAAAUAAAACAAUUUGAUGAAGGCAAGUUUCGGCAUGUAUAAGUUUUCAAGCGAUAUAGCCAUUUCGGAUCAUGAAUCAAUGCAUACCAUGAAGGGAAACAAGCCUCCUACAAAACUUGUGUCUGAUAGCAUUUCAAUGGACUCGCUCUCUUUUAGUGGCCUUGUUUCAAUUCAAGACCAACAGAAAAACCUCCCUUCUCCUAAGCAGGCGAAACACUUCCAGGUAAGCAAACAUGACCAAGAGUUCGAAUUUACUAACCCGAAAGUAAACUUGAAUUCACCUGUCAGUCCAAUCAAGAUAACACCUGCUGAUCAGCUUAUUUCCAAUGGUCAACUUCAACUUCAGCCACAAGCAUUUGCGUUUGAAACAACUCAGAAUUUGAUUGUAACUCCAACCAGUUCCUCGAGAUCAUUACUAGCAAGUCAUAUCAGUAGUGAAAUGUCGAGCGGAAAAACAGGCAGCAGUAUGAAAUAUCAUGAACUUGGCAAAGCAAGCAAACAUACAAACAAGCAAAACACUAUGAAGAGAACAGGGUUUUGCCAGAAAAUUAUGUCUUUUCUAUCACCAUGUCGAGAAUGCCGAACUGCUAAGCAAGGUGCUGUUAAAGCACACACUGUUCAAAGAGAAAAUUUGAAAAUAUACUGA